AUGACCGAACGACCAACUCUUUCCAAACUGAAGGGAACUCGCUCAGCGCAUCGUGGACAGAUGACGAAGCUCCUGAAAAAGGCUGACGAAAACGUCAACGUUUUCCCCCAAGACAACAUUGAAGGUGCGUUAGACUCACUCACUGCUAUCCAUAACUUGAUCUCAUCGAAGUACGAAAGUCUUAUCAACCUCGACAAACAAAUAGUCGAACAGACGGAAGAAAACGACUUGGAGGCGACUAUCACCGAAUCUGACGAUUACCUGACCGAUAUAUACGAGAAAAAACAUAUUUUAUCUCGAUUUAUCGAAAGAAAGUCGCGAGCUGAUACAAGCCCACCGGCAAGCCCUGCAGUCCCCGCUGCUGCAUCAACCAGUCCAGCAGUCACCAUUGCCGCUCCAUCCACCCAACCUAACAGAACCAUAAACCUACCAAAGUUAUCGCUGCCAACAUUCAACGGAGAUGUUCUGAAAUGGGUGAGUUUUCGAGAUGCAUUUUAUUCCGCAGUUCACAACAAUCCCAAUCUCGAAAAGAUUCAAAGGUUUCAGUACCUACACGCUCAAUUGUCCGACGAAGCCGCUCACACUAUUGAAGGAUUGACACUAACAAAUGAAAACUAUGAUCACGCAAUCGACCUACUGGAACAAAGAUAUGGACAGAAACACAAAGUAAUAAGUGCCUACAUGAAAGCUUUAUGGGAUAUGCCUAAACCAUCUAGCGAUUUCAACAGCUUACGAAACUUUUACGACACCUUAGAAAGUUAUAUUCGUGGGCUCAGUUCGCUCGGAAAAUCCGAAGAAUCCUAUGGCGAUCUACUCGUACCUAUCGUCAUGGAAAAGUUGCCGCCAAAUACACGAAAACAGAUUGCGCGGGAUCAUGGAAAUAACGAAUGGAAUCUACCCGAACUUCGUCAAGCCAUCCAUAACGAGAUGGACGCUCUACAAGCUGGAUUCUCCGCCGAUAUUCAUGACCGCGAAUUGUACACAGAAACCCCGGUAACUGCGGCAUUCUACACGGGAAGUGACCCGGUCACUUCACGGAAAUCGAUCCGGGCGAGACCGACUAAAUCUAUCGUAUGUGCGUACUGCAAAGAUGCCCGUCCGUCGAUACAUUGUAAAGUUGUGACUGACUACAAUAAACGCCUCGAGAUAAUAAAACGCGAUCGUUUAUGCUUCAACUGUCUCGGUAAACACAAAGUUACGGACUGCCAAUCUAAAUUCAGUUGUCGCGCCUGCAGGAGGAAACAUCACACUUCUCUAUGUAAGGGAACCUCUACGAGUAACGACACGAGCUCCGCUACUCCAGUAACUCAAACACACGUGAACUUUACUACUACCGCGAAUACCGCGUCGCAUAAUGGACCCGUUUUAUUGAAAACCGCCGUAACUGAAGUAUCCGCGGGUAGCGAAACUGCAACGGCUACGAUAUUGUUAGAUGAAGGGGCCACGCGAUCUUUCGUAACUACAAACUUCGCCGAUAAACUCAAUGCACAAACUGACAAAUGUGAAGUCAUUUCCGCACUCGUUGUUCCAAACAUCUCCACUCCCACAAAGAACUUGAUCACUUCGUCCCUAUUGGAAUUACCUCAUCUACGCAAUUUGAACUUAGCCCACCCCAUUUCAGGAAGCGAAUCCUUUGAAAUAUCGAUUCUCAUUGGCGCAGAUUACUACUGGGAUUUCGUGGGAGACCUCAUUGUUCGUGGACCCGGUCCAACUGCUGUAUCGUCCAUACUUGGAUAUUUACUUUCCGGUCCUAUUCAAGGAUACAGACCUAAAAGUGUAUUUGCCAAUGACGCAACUAUUCUACACACUACUACUAUUCCGUCUGUUGUAAACGAUCAACUCCAGGAUUACUGGAAGCUCGAGACAAUCGGCAUCACUGAUAAUACCCAACCUCCAGUAAUGAACACAGACUUCGAACAUUACAGAGAUAAUCAUCUCAAAACCGAAAACGGACGGUACACUGCGGGGUUACCGUGGAGACAAGACCACCCUCCUCUGCCUACUAACUUUCGUAUUGCAGAGAAACGCACUCGCGCUAUGACUCGUAAACUUCCACCGCAUUUGUUACAAACAUAUGAUGGAAUCAUUAAGAACCAGAAAGCGCGGAAUUUCAUUGAAGAAGUUACUGACGACGAUAACAAACGCGGGCCACUGGAACCGGAAAUUACCCGUCGUACACCAGCUAGAACCGCUGCUGCGAUUGCCCGACUACGCAUACAGGACAUAAAUGACAUAUGA